AUGCCAGCUCCCAAGCUCGACCCUAACGAGAUCAAGAUCAUCCACCUCCGGGCCACCGGUGGUGAGGUCGGUGCCUCGUCUGCCCUGGCUCCCAAGAUUGGUCCUCUCGGUCUGUCCCCCAAAAAGAUUGGUGAAGACAUUGCCAAGGCGACUGGUGACUGGAAAGGUUUGAGGGUCACUGUCAAGCUCACGAUCCAGAACCGUCAGGCCGCCGUCUCUGUUGUCCCGACUGCCUCCUCUCUCAUCAUCAGGGCCCUGAAGGAGCCUCCGCGUGACCGCAAGAAGGAGAAGAACAUCAAGCACAACAAGUCGGUCAGCCUCGACGAGAUCAUUGAGAUCGCCCGCACUAUGCGCUACAAGUCCUUCUCCAAGGACCUCAAGGGUGGAGUCAAGGAGAUCCUUGGUACUGCCAGCAGUGUCGGCUGCCAGGUUGACGGCAAGUCACCUAGGGUUAUCACGGAGGCCAUCGACAACGGCGAGAUUGACAUUCCUGAGGAAUAA